AUGGCCGCUGACGACGUGGAGGAGGUGAAGGGCAUCAUGUUGGACAACAUGAACAAGGCCGAUGAGAGAGGUGACAAACUGAACGACCUGGAGGACAGAGCUGACGAGCUGCUGGAAAAGAGUAAAACUUUUGAAAAGACUACGCGUAAGCUGAAGCAAAAGUAUAAAGGGACGAGGAAACUGGUGUUCAUCGGUGUCAGAGUGGUCGCUGCACUCAUCAUUAUCGGACUCAUAAUCUUUAAAAAUUAAAGAAUUUGAAUAUUGUCAACCAAACAUCAUUGUGCUGCUCACUUUCUACUUCUUUAUCGUAUGGAUCGGAUCCCAAACAAGGCCACCACUCAAAGGAAGAAGUCACAGAAUCCAUUCCCCUGCCUCGGUUGCUGAUUCGGUUUGACUCAACUGUCUGAAGACGAUGGAGGAGAAAACACUUUCACUUCAUCAAUAUGUAAAUAUUUGCAGCCUGAUGUAGUUUCAAAU